AUUGCCACCGAGAGCCCCGCUGUGAACGUCGCCCCUGCGACGCCAUGCUGUCGCGGCUUCUGUCGCGGCCGGCCCGUCGUGCCGCAGCGCUACCUGCGCGGGUCGGCCUUGCGAAAGGUGUGCGCAAUGUGAGCAGCACUCAGGUCGGAGGCUACGAGGUCUUUGACCACUCCUACGACGCAGUGGUCAUUGGCGCCGGUGGUGCAGGCUUGCGUGCGGCUGCCGGCCUGGUCGGGCAUGGCUUGAAGACUGCAUGCAUCACCAAGGUGUUUCCCACGCGCUCACACACAGUUGCAGCUCAAGGCGGCAUCAAUGGCGCCUUGGCCAACAUGACGGAGGACGAUUGGCGCUGGCACGCCUAUGACACCGUGAAGGGCGCAGACUGGUUGGGAGACCAGGACGCCAUUCAGCACAUGUGCCGUUUGGCACCCGAGGUCAUUUUGGAGCUGGAAUCCUUUGGUUUGCCCUUCAGCCGAACUCCGGAGGGCAAGAUUUAUCAACGUGCUUUUGGCGGGCAAAGCUUGAAAUUUGGCAAAGGCGGCCAGGCGUAUCGUUGCGCGGCUGCCGCGGACCGCACAGGGCAUGCCAUUCUCCACACCUUGUAUGGCAUGGCGCUGAAAUUUGACUGCCUCUUCUUCGUGGAAUACUUUGCCAUGGACUUGAUCAUGAGUGAUGACGGGAAAUGCUUGGGUUGCGUGGCCAUGUGCAUGGAAGAUGGUUCCAUCCACCGCUUUGGAGCGCAUUCCACCAUCGUUGCCACGGGUGGUUUCGGACGCGCCUAUCAAUCCUGCACAUCCGCUCACACAUGCACAGGCGACGGCAGCGCCAUGGCUUCGCGCGCCGGACUUCCCAUGCAGGAUCUGGAGUUUGUGCAGUUCCACCCCACAGGAAUCUUCCCAGCGGGAUGUUUGCUGACAGAAGGCUGCCGUGGUGAGGGUGGCAUUUUGCGCAACAGUGAGGGUGAUCCCUUCAUGGCGCGCUAUGCGCCCACGGCGAAAGACUUGGCUUCGCGCGACGUGGUGAGCCGCGCGAUGACGCUGGAGAUCCGUGAGGGACGUGGCGUUGGUCCCAACAAGGACCACAUCUAUCUGCACUUGGAUCACUUGCCCCCAGAAACCUUGGCGGAACGUUUGCCCGGCAUCUCCGAGACGGCGAAGAUCUUCGCUGGCGUGGAUGUAACCAAGGAGCCAGCGCCUGUGUUGCCAACGGUGCACUACAACAUGGGAGGAAUCCCCACCAACUGGAAGACACAGGUGGUUCGCGAUGCGGAGGAUACCAUCGUCCCCGGCUUGCUGGCGGCGGGCGAGGCUGGUUGCGCCUCAGUGCACGGCGCCAAUCGCUUGGGUGCCAACUCUUUGCUGGACCUGGUGGUUUUUGGUCGUCAGGCCGCAGACACCACGGCGGAGCUGGUGAAACCCAACAGUCCUCCUGUGGCACUGCCGAAGAAUGCCGGAGAAGCUUCGAUCGCGCGCAUGGACAAGAUGCGUCAUGCCACGGGCCCCAUCCCAACCGCGGUGCUGCGUCGUGAGCUGCAGGUCACAAUGCAGAAGUAUGCGCCUGUGUACCGAAAUGCGGACGACUUGGCCAAGGGAAAGGAUGCCGUGGUGGAAGUCAUGAAGAAGUACAAGGAUGUGGGAGUUUCGGACCGUACGAUGGUAUGGAACACAGACCUUAUCGAGACCUUGGAGCUGGAGAAUCUCAUUAACCAAGCGGCCCAGGAAAUGUAUGCUGCUGAGGCCAGGAAGGAGUCGCGUGGUGCACAUGCGCAUGAAAACUUCCCCGAUCGUGACGAUGAGAACUGGAUGAAGCACACGCUGUCCUGGCUGGACAAGCCAUAUGUGGAGGAUGCCAAGGUGGUGCUCAAAUACAGGAGGGUCAUUGAUCAGCCCCUCGACAAGGAGAUGCACCACGUGCCUCCAGCCAAGCGUGUGUACUGAGCGGGCUGCGUCAGCCCGGUGGUGGAUGUGACUGUGAGAACUCCGAUGCCCGAAGAAAGGGGGUUGGAAUGGUCGGAGUCGG